AUGAUGCUACGUAACCAUACCCAGCAUCCGUCAGUCUCACCUGAACUCCAUAAUGCUCAGGAUAGUAUACUGGGCCAACAGAAGGAGCUUUUGGUGACCCCAUCUCGAAAGAUUGGCAACCAGGUGGUCUUUCGCAUUAAGAAUUGCACAGCUCCAAAGCGCGCUGAACGUAGAAAUAUAUCUUCGUCCGGCAGCGACCAAUCAACUGAGAAGCUUUGCAACUCUCGAAAAUCGCAUCGGAAGUCUAGAGCUGGGUGCGAAGCUUAUGGAGUUUCCUGUGAUUACCUGGAUCAACAAGCACUGGUUCCUGGAAAGGCAGGGUCAAAUGGCCCUAUAUACAGAGCUGAGGAUGGCUUUGGUUUCAUAGACUCUGUGCUCCAUGCUAUGUCAAGAACGGAUCUUGCCGCACGCCUCACCUAUGCCCUCCAGUUAGGCUCGAAGGCCAAAAUUCGGCCGUUAAGUGCAGACUCGAAAUCAGUCAUUGCUUUUCAUCAGUUCCUCAAUGUAGAGCAUGAUAUGAAUGUACUCUCAGACGCUGGCAUCACUGUUAUGAUAACAAAGGUGCUACCUCUAGCCUUCAAGACACCGUACCUUAUGCAUGCAAUUCUUGGUGUUGGGGCCACCGCUGUAUGUGACAAGGCCCAGGGUGACUCCUCUUACAAGGUCCUACAUGCAUAUCACUGGCAACAGACAAUUAAACAAUAUCAAGAGGAGAUCCAAACAAGCAUAGGCCUCCACAACAUGGAUGGCUUGAUGUCGACCUGCAUGUUCAUGAGCAGUAUUGCGUUUCUAGGGGCCGACCCUGAUUAUACAAAGUCCUGGGUUUUCACCAACAACCCUGCGGAUCUCAACUGGCUACUGAUCCAAGGAGGAUUGCGUUUUCUUCUCAGCCAUCUCAGCUGCUACCUUCAACACAGUAUCUGGCACGACGUUUUUAUGGAAUCCUCGGACGAGGAAACAUUUGGUGAUCACCGACCAGGUAAAGAGGGCUUGCAUCCCGAGCUCGCUGGAGUCUGCGGGAUCACCGAGGCAACUACUGAGGAUAAUAACCCUUGUCUAUGGCCACUGAGGAUGCUUACCCCUAUUCUCAAACUCGACUGUAAGCGGGAAAAUUUCAUAAAAAUCUUGGGUUUUAUGGGAAGGCUCUUACCAGAUUAUACCAAUAAACUACUUGCAAAAGAUCCCGGGUGCAUGAUAAUACUUGCCUAUUGGCUCGGUAAACUAUCGUGGUCGGGGUAUUACUUUACUCAUGAAAUCCUCCUACAUAGCAAUACUUAA